GCCAACCUCAACGAAACCACACAACAACUCCGAAUUGGGAAGAGAGGAAGUUGUAAAAGUGAAGUUUAGAGAAGAGAAACUGUCAAGAUGGCGUCUUCUAUGACUUUGAGGGUUACCACGCCCGCGGGCAAAAAGCCAAUCCGCAAGCUACCCUCCAACAUUGAAAUCGGCGCUGGCACGACCGUCGAGGAGGCAAAGAGGAUCAUUGCGCGCCACACUGGGAUGCGCGAUUACCACCGCAUCGCCAUCGUGGACACGACCACCAAGAGCAUCAUCAAGGACCGUCUGAGCAUCCUGGCGCAGAACCCCGGCGUGCAAGCUACCGGCGACAUCGCCGUCAAGGACCUUGGCCCCCAAGUCUCCUGGCGCACCGUCUACGUCGUCGAAUACGCCGGCCCCAUCUUCCUCUCCCUCCUCCUCGCCUACCCCCUGCGCGCCUACAUCUACCCCUCUGCCCUCUUCGGCCCGCCCACCCCCUUCUCAACCAUCCAGACCAUCUCCCUCGCCCUCAUCGUCCUGCACUUCAUCAAGCGCGAGCUCGAGACCGUCUUCCUCCACCGCUUCUCCGCCGCCACCAUGCCAGCAUCCUACAUCCUCAGGAACUUGGCGUACUACUGGCUCUCCAUGCUCAAUAUCGCGUACUGGGUCUUUGCCCCCAACGCCGCUGCUGCAUCGCCCCUGAAGGAGGGGAGGGAUACGUACAUCCUCGCUGCUGGUCUGGCGGUAUACCUCUUCGGCGAGCUCGCCAACUUCAACACCCACGUCAUCCUGGCAAACCUGCGCCCCAAAGGCACCACCAAGCGCGGGAUCCCCAAGGGCUUCGGUUUCGGCAUCGUCGCGUGCCCGAACUACUUGUUUGAGCUCGUCUCGUGGAUCGGUGUGCUCCUUGUGACGCGCAGCUUUGCGACGGGUGGGUUCUGUGUCGUGGCGUGGUUGUGGAUGCAGAGGUGGGCGGUGGGGAGGGAGAAGAGGUAUAGGAAGGAGUUUGGGGCGGCGUAUAAGCCGCAUUUGUAUCCGAUGACGCCGGGGUGGGCGUUGUCGAUUAGAAAGGCGAAGGAGUGAGUGUGAAGCGAAUGGUGGGGUGGUGUGUAUUAGUAGUGGAGGUUGGGUGGUUAAAAUGAACGGAAUGGGACGGGGAAGUGGUUGGGGAGAGGAAGUGUGUGUGGGUUGGUAUAUGGAUGAGAACGUAAUGAGGGGAUGAGUUAGAUGGGCUAGGCUCUAGAUUGCAUGGGCAUUGCAUGGGCAUUGCAGGUUUAUGGGAAGGGAUAUAGCUUCAGGCACAUGGCAACAAAAUCAUUGCAUUGUUUUUGCUUAGAGUAGCGCAGAAUCGAGUCUCGAUUGAAAUACAGACUUUUCUAUUUGUGACCUACAGUCUCACUCCGCUGAACACCACAUAAAAGGCUGACAAAGCUAUAGAUUCAGUACUCUACUUUUGACGCCGAACUACUGACUGUUAUAAUCAGUUACCCCCCGCAGCAACAACCGCCAUAACCUUAUCCAGCACCGCAAACCCCUCCUCAAUCUCCUCCUCCGAAAUCGUCAACGGCGGCACAAACCUCAACGUAUUCGUCCCCGCCGUAAUAACCAACAACCCCCUCUCCCUCGCCGCCGCCACAAUCGGCGUCGGAUCGCGAUCAAGCUGCAAUCCCAGCAGCAGCCCCUUCCCCCUAAUCUCCCCCACAAGCUUAGGGUACUUCUCCUGUAGCUUCUUCAUCCGCCCCACAAACAAGGCAGACUUCGCAGAAACUGCCGACUGAAGCUCAGGCUGCGAGAGCCUAGACACAAUAUGAUGCGCCAACCUCGACGCGAGCGGAUUGCCCCCAAACGUCGUCCCAUGAUCCCCCACCGCGAUCUUCUCCGCC